GAUUUUGCUCUUAUCACCUCAACACCUCACAGCAAGAUGAUGCUUGCGAUGCAACCUUCGGCGCCAACAACGAUGCGGCCAUCGAGCCUCGACGACCUCAGCAUGGGCAUGAGCAUGAACAUCAACAUGCCCGCCAACCUCUCGGUGCCGAUGCAGAUGGAAGCCUGCAAGCGCGGAUGGGUCGCCCCGUUCCUGCUGCACCUGCACCAGAUGCUCCGCCGUGAGUCGCCCCAGAUCAUCCGCUGGACGCUGGACGGCAAGGCGUUUGAGAUCCUCGACAAGGCCACGAUGACCGAGAAGAUCCUGCCGAAGUACUUUCGCAACAAGAACUUUGCCAGCUUCCAGCGCCAGCUCAACUACUUUGGCUUCCGCAAGUGGUCCAAGUCGCGCGCAAUGCAUUCGACGUACUCGCGCGAGCACUUUACGCGCGACAACUUCGACGAGCUCGUCUACGUCAAGCGCCAGAGCAAGAGCAGCAAGAAGGCCAAGGACGAGAGCUCGACCGACAUGGAGAGCGACCCUUCGUCGCCUGUCGUGAUGGCGCUGCCAUCACCGGUCAUCCCGGCCGCGCCGCUGAGCCCGGUAACUGGCUCGCUCUCGCCGCACUCUGUGUCGUUUGUCCUCUCGAACGGUGACGACGACUUGCCAGCUUCGAAGCCAUUGUUCAACACACAUUUCAGCGUGCCGGCGCUUUCGGAGACGCGCCAGACGUCGCCGCUCCACCACAUUCGCCUGCCGUCGUUGCAUCAAAUGGUGCCGUCGAUGGCGACAUCGUGGAGCCCGUCGAGCUCACCCACGACGGACUCGUCGUGCGACUCGCCCAAGCCGGUCAAGGUCGACUACAACACGAAGGAGCUCUCGGGCCUCUCGGCCGCGCGCUUUAUCCGCGGUCUGUACGACAUGAUCUCGUCCGACAAUGGCGAGCGCAUCUGCUGGAGCGACGACGGUGCUUCGUUUACGGUCGUCAACUCGUCCAAGCUCGCGUGGGAAGCUCUGCCGCAGUACUUCAAGCACAACAAGUACCGCAGCUUCCAGCAGCAGCUCAACAUGUACGGCUUCACCAAGGCCUCCAAGGCCCGCGCCUCGUCGUGCGUGUACAGCCACCCACUCUUCCGCCGCGGCCACUUUACCGACCUCUGCCGCAUCGCGCGCAAGACCAGCAUGGCCUAAGCGAAGGGCCAUCUUAUUUAUCCCUGUCGUCUAGUUUUCUGUAUAGACCCUCCGUAGUUUUAACUUAUUUCAUAUAAUUGCACCUCGGUGUGACCACGCGAUACC